UUUGUCCCGUUGCGCUUUCAGGAUGUGUCUCUUGACGAGGCGGCUCAUGAUCUUCUGGAAAAUGGAAAUAGAGCGGCCUCUGCUGGACAAUCUUGGUAUACGCACAGCAACCGUUGCCACGGAAGUGCGUCUUGAGUCGUUUAAUAAUGGCUGCACCGUUCAUAAACAUCCAGAGAUGAGUGAUGUCGAGCCUCCAGCAGGAGAGAACAGCACUGGUUGAGGAGCAGAAGGUCAACAGAGAGCGAGCUCGCAGAUGUGUGCAGGAGACCAACCGCAGACGCAGGGAUCUGAGGGAGAAACAGCGGCUGUGGGUGCUGCAGGAGCAACAGCGGCGUGAAGAAGUCCUGCAGCAACGCCGCCAGAAGAUUCAUGCUGUCACUGAGCACUUCCAGAGGUCUUUCGUGCCUCCCUCUCAGAGGCCGACCCAAUGCGAGCGACUCGACUUGGGAAAGGACUGUCCAAAUUUGGAAGAUGCCCUCAGUCAAAUCCGAGGCCCCAAGCAGGUGUCCGCCAUCCACAGUCAAACAAGCAACGCCCCCGCUUCCAGACCCCCCGCCGCUGCGUUGUCAGAAUCGCCCCGACACCACACUCCCGCCGCGGUGCAGGCGUACGUGGGACGUCAGGAGCAGAGCACCUAUGCCCGCAAGUGGCAGGAACUUCCAAAGAAGCAACUGGAGCAUAGCGGACAGGAUGACAACAUGUCCUGCUGCUCCAAAACCGACAGUGUGUGCAGUCAGGACAGCUUGGAGAAUGAGGAACCCAGCAAGAGCACCUUCCUGCACUACUCUGAAAAGCCCAUCCAAGACCUCAAGUGCGCCAACGACAUGCGUCAUCUGCUGUCGGUGCCCGGGCCCACUUUGGUGGCCGUGAAGCCGCACAUCCACAGGCUCCCUGCCGACCUCAACUACAACCUGCCCACCCAGAAGGAAACCUGCGCCUCUGUCAAUAACCUCAACAAGUUCUCAGCGGACUUCGCCAUGUGGAAGCACAUCAAUACGGGAAGCCCAAAGUGCCAACUGAGUCACGAAUCCAGCGGGUCCGUGGCGUCCUCACCUGCGGCCUGCAGAGUCCAGUUCACCAAAGGCAUCCUUAAAACUACGCCCGGAGAAACGCCGGCAGAAUCCCCGCGGGCUCACCUCAACGCCGUCAAACCCGUCCAGUUCUUGGUGUGCGACAGCAUCGAAGUGGCCAAAGCCAGGUCCAAGCCCGCGGAGUCCAAGAACUCCUGCAAGAAACUGCGCUGGCUGGACGAGGAGGCCGGCGAACCCGACGGGACGCGAGCCAGAGACAGCCACUCGCAGAAGUGGGCAGAUGUCGGGGUUCAAGUCAACGCCGAUGCCAUGGGCUCGCACGUCCCUCGCGGGGACUACUCGACGAGAGUCGGGACGGCUCUGCUUCCCUCGGGCUCCGUCGCCCAAUCCCCGGUCCCGGUGUCCAGGAUCCGGGGGGAGUUGCAGACCACCAUGAAGCACGGGGGCCCCGCCAGGGGCUCGUAUGGCAGCGACCAAACCCGCGCCAGCCAUCAGCUCCUUCUUCCGCCUCCUGAGGAGGCUCCGCACAAAGACACCCAGCGACUUAUGACGGGCGACAGUUCCGCCAUCAAUGCUCACCCGACGCCCGCAUUUCCCCGCCCUACGCCUGACAGCAUCUGGAAAGGCUCGCCCGCUUUCAGUCAGCCGCCCACACCCGGGGGCGGCGGUCGAGGCCGGAGGGUGUUAUCGGGGGAAAAAGUGUUGGACCGCACCCCCACCAAUGAGGAGAUCUAUCAGCUGUGCCAGGAUGUCCGCAACGCCUUUGUCAGCACCGCGGGACAGCAACUGGACACGUCAUUAGACAAAGCCACGACCCCCCGAUGUCAGGCUUUCACGGGUGGGCGGGCCACAAACAAAUCCGCUGUGGAUCAGAAUCGCCGACCUUCUGGGUCAACCAGUAAGAAACCUGAAUUCUUUAAGAUAACAAAUCUCCAGGCUACAAAUCCAGUAGGACUCUCUCCCAAAGACCACUACACGGAUCAGCCAAACAAAGGCGUCAAAACCGGCAGUCAACGCCGCCUCAGCGACCUGUACGCCUACGACAACCACAACAAAGCACACAAGAUCACCUCGCAGCCACACCAGCAGCAGUACCAGCGCCGACACCCGGCGCCGAUGUCCAUCUCCAUGGAGGAGCAGAGAAUCUUUCAAUCCCUGAACCGACUCAACUGCCAGCUGUUCCGCAAAGGUGGCUUGCAUUGACCCGAGUCCAGCGGUAGCAUUUAAUUUCUAACCAAACGUGCCUUAUCAAAGGACAAAAACGGGUCAGAGAGCCUGAUUUCAAUUUCAAGCCUGCAUAGUCAGCGUUUUUUUUGUUUUUUGGUGGAACAAUGUGGGCAAUUAUUUGUAUCUUUAAUGUACAUAGUACAAUCAAAAGUAAUAUUUGUAACAAGCUCAAACUUACUGUUGGCUCAAUUAAAAAAAAUAAAAGCUUUCUCUAGCUAAAUAACAUGAGCCAAAGUAUUUCUGAUGCAACUCUUGAACUGUUUGAAAUGAUCCUAAAAUGAAAGCGCUUAGGUGGGUGGGGGUUCCAGCUUGACUUGGGGUUACCUCGCUCCUCCUCCCAACAUGUCUGAUUUUGCCCUUUUGUCGGCCUGCUCAUACUUGCUCCAAAAAGUAAACGUGGAGGAAGCCCACCUAAAGUGUCAACGGCUCUUCGCCGUAUGACUCUAAAAAUAAAAACUGCUCAGCACAAGCCCGUGCAUGUCCUUAAAUCCCAUCCAAAAACCACAUGGCUUAUUUCCAUUUUCUAGAUGGUGAUUCAGUAGCCCGUAAUGGCUCAUUUGUUGCCCGUUUUUCCUGAACGCUGACAGGAGGUGGUGUGCUUUCAUGACAUUUAAGCCCUCGGCCGGGACAACACCCAAGAAAGACAGACGGAAAAUAAGGGAAGACGUUUCCACUCGGUUGCAAGUUGCAGCUUGCGUGGUGGCGGGGCCCUAAUCUCCAGCGUUUUGUCACAGUCCAUUUGAAAAUACUUGUUGAGAAGGUGAAGCUUACUAGCUAACUUGGAGAUUUAACUCCAGGCUGCUAUUAAAUAGACUUAAUUGCGCAACUUGUUUCUACUUAGCAGAGCCAACACAAAAAUUAGAUAGUCAGGCAAUUUUGUUCUGUUGCUUAAUAUGAAUUGUGCUGGAAAGAAAUUAAUGCCAGUGGGAAAUAGCCUAAAGGACAACACAUGGGUCUGUUCUAAAAAUAGCUGACCAGUGAUGCGACACUCUUAAACAUUUCUUCAUGUACCAAAUAUUCUUAUUUUGUUAAAAAAAAGAAACUCAGAAUAUUUGUUCAACGAGAAAAAAAAUGCUUUUAUUUACCCUUUUUUUUUGUAAGCUCAUGAAACAGCUUGUAGUUACACAUGUCAAACUGUAGGGGGCGCCCGAUCUCUCCUUUGUGCUGUAACACGAUCCAACCCAUAAUACAAUCACAUCAGGCUAGCGUAAUACAAGUGACCCGUAGAUUGAUUGACAGUAAUACAGUUUGAAGACAUGAGAGGAUAUUGGAAGAGAGCACACAAAUUUUAAUGGAGGAGUCGGGUUGGGGGGAGGACAGAUGCCUGAAAAGAUGUUAACCAAACAUGAGACCACCUCCAAGUGGGUGGUCCACUCGCAUCGCUGCCGACUGUCCCUUUAAUAUGUCUCACUGCGUUACAGUGACGACCACAAGCAAGACUGCUGGCUACUUUUAGUACUUUCAUAAUAUUAAGAAAAAAAAAAUUGCACUAUAUACAAAGAUCCAAUU